GGCACCGGCACCGGCUUCGCUGCGGUUCUUACCCACCGCUUCCUUCCCCAAGGGUGGGGGGGUCCCCCGGCCGGGCAGACCAGGCUUCCCCCACCACGAAGGGUUAGCAGGGCGUCGCGGGGCGAAGCGUUAAGAAUGACGGAGAACCUGUCCCCGGUGCUGGUGGUCAAACCGAAGCGGGCCAGGGUGGCACGACGGCCGGCGGCCCACCCCACCUAUUCGGACAUGAUCACGGCGGCCAUCCGCGCCGAGAAAAGCCGCGGCGGGUCCUCCCGCCAGUCCAUCCAGAAGUACGUGAAGAGUCACUACAAGGUGGGCCAGCACGCCGAUGUCCAGAUCAAGCUCGCCAUUCGGCGCCUGCUCGCCGCCGGCGUCCUCAAACAGACCAAAGGGGUCGGCGCCUCCGGUUCCUUCCGCCUGGCCAAGGCCGACAAGGCGAAGAAGUCCCCGGCCAGGAAGAAGAAGAAGGUGGCCAGGAAAUCCACAUCGCCCCGGAAAGCGGCUAGACCCAGGAAAGCCAAAUCGCCGGCAAAGAAGCCCAAAUCUGCUGCCAGGAAAGCCAGGAAGAAGUCGAGGUCCAGCCCGAAAAAAGCCAAGAAGCCAAAGACUGUUAAGGCCAAGCCGCUGAAGGCGGCCAAGCCCAAGAAGGCAAAGCGGUCGAAACCCAAAGCCAAGUCCAGCGCCCGGAAAUCACCCAAGAAGAAGUGAGAAGUCUAGAGGCAUUUCGGUACUCUCCCCGUUGGUUUCUGUAAAUAGCUUUUUGCCUGUAUUUUUACUCCUUUCUAUUGCAUUUUAUAAAGAAUUGAUCGAUUCCUGUCUGGAAAUAGCUAAAACAAGGCAGUUAAUGAAAGAAAAAAGGAACUUAUUUCAUAUGGAGAGUUCCCAUUUUUAA